GAUUUUAUUGAAAACUUACUCUAAUUCUUCACAUUAUUUUUCAAGUUUAUAAUCCUAUGUCUCAACAUUAAGUCAAGAUGGCAGAACAAGUGAUAGAUCCAGCUAAACCCAUCUUGUCAUUUAGGGAUCGAGAAUUAAUUACUCAAGGUCAUAGACAAACAUAUGAACAGCCAGACGAGAUAUCUCUCGAAAUCAUCGAAAAAGCCAUUUAUGAUGAUAGAAGAGGGCCACCAAGAGUUCCCGGUGGAGAUCCAAAAGACACCAAUCUCCUUCCAUUUCAACAAUUGUCGCUACUCGAUCUUCAAAGAUUCCUGGCGUUCUGUGGUCCAGUCAGCGGUCCAGAUGAUCAAACGGCCUACAAUGAAAACAUAGGCGCCAGCAUUCUUAAAGUAACAGAUGCUUAUCUCCGUCAGAUUUGUCUAUUCGUAAAUAGCCACUCACCAAUUCGAACUGGGCGUGAAGAUUAUCCAACAGCGGCUUAUUUGCCUCAUGACUUUUGGGCUCCAACAACUAAUCCGCCUACAGAAGAAUACAUAGAAGAUAGGGCAAAAUUCAUAAGGACGAAAGCACGUCUCCCACCUCAAAGACUUAGAGCUCUUACCCACUUGUUCAUUCAUAUCACACCAUUUCCUACACAUCUUUCUAUGAAACCAGACAGUACCUUGCUGGUAAUAACGCCUAGAGCAGCUACAAUAGAAUAUUUUGAUUAUUUGGAUCACCCAGAUAAGCAUUACAUAAUAGGUGAUAUUAUGAAUGUCAUCUCUCGUGUGGAUCCAGAUCGAGAUAGCACAUGGCUUGAACUUGCAGAUUGGAAAUCUAGAACUGGAGAGAAUAAGGGAGCGGAUCAGGUUAGAGACCGACCGCCUGCAAGAUUGAGAGGAAGUCAGAUUCACGUUUGUACAGAUGCUCUAGGUCAAGCUUUAGGACACAACGUUCGUUUGGAUUACCCAAUGCAUCUUGGGGAAACUAUGAAUUAUUACGGCAAAGAAUAUGAUUUUGUGAAUUGGAGAAAAGCAAUGAUUAUUACGGUCGAUCUCUAUCUUGGAUACUUCUCAAAUGUCAUUACGGAUCGGCAAUUUAAACCUAGAAUUAAAAGAAUUUUUGGUCAUCGUCCAUAUAAGGAAGAGGAGAAGCAGCCUUGGAUAGACAAUGCGAGACAGAGAAGAGGGGGUACUCGAUGGCUACAUUUUAACAACAAGGUGUUUAGAAGAUUGUUGCCGAGAGAGUUAGCUCAGUGGAAUGCAUCAAAUAUUUGGAGAGGACUUGGUGAAGUGGAAUUGAUUGAGAAAGCUAGAAUAAGAGAGGGGCAUCCUAGUAGGUUGCAUAGAUACCAUGAUAUGCCAGAAGGGGCAGAAUUAGGAGAAUUUGGAAAAGAGAUGAAGGGACGAAGAGCAAGAAAAUUGAGGAGAUGGUUGGAAGAUCAAGAUGUUGAUGAAGGUCGCAGGGUAACUCGCUAUCAUACAGAUUUAGAGACGAUAGGAUGGAUAAUUGGUGGAGGAAUGUAGUGAUUGGGUGGAUUAAAGCAGAGGAUGUGGGGACUUGAUAAAAAUUAAGUAUUUGAUUCUUGUGGACUGAUUAUUAUGUAUAUUUAUUUCUUUUUCCAUUUUGGUUAGAUCUGGCAAACGAGCAGCAGGAAUAGCAUUGGAGCCAAAAUAGUAUGUUUACCUAGGCA